CAGAUUUACAAACAUGGGUCGUCGUAUCCGUGGUCAGCGCAAGGGUGUCUCCGGUAGUGUCUUCGGCGCCGUCACUACCCACCGCAAGGGUGCUGCCAAGAUCCGCUCUCUCGACUUCGCCGAGCGCAACGGUUACAUUCGCGGUCUCGUCAAGGAGAUCAUCCACGACCCCGGCCGUGGUGCUCCCCUCGCUCGCGUUGCCUUCCGCAACCCCCUCGAGCACGGCCUGAAGGUCUCCACCUUCGUCGCCGCCGAGGGUAUCCACACCGGUCAGUUCAUCUACUGCGGUAAGAAGGCCCAGAUGGCCGUCGGCAACGUCGUCCCCAUCGGCAACCUCCCCGAGGGUUCCGUCGUCUGCAACAUCGAGGAGAAGGUCGGCGACCGCGGUAGCCUCGCCCGUACCUCCGGUAACUACGCCACCAUUCUGUCCCAGAACCCGGACACCAACCGCACCCGCAUCCGCCUGCCCUCCGGCUCCAAGAAGCUCAUCCCCUCCGACUGCCGCGCUACCAUUGGUAUCGUCGCCGGUGGUGGCCGCACUGACAAGCCCCUCCUGAAGGCCGGUCGUGCCUACCACAAGUUCCGCGUCAAGCGCAACUGCUGGCCUCAUGUCCGUGGUAUUGCCAUGAACCCGGUUGAUCACCCCCAUGGUGGUGGUAACCACCAGCACGUCGGUAAGGCCACCACCAUCCGCCGUGACGCUCCCCCGGGUCGCAAGGUCGGUCUCAUCGCCGCCCGCCGCACCGGUCGUGUCCGUGGUACCGCCCACAAGGACUAAGCGUCGUCGGUUGUUGUCGGCUGACGGGUGCGCCGCCGCUCCGGUGGCGGUGGCGGUGUUGGUGUUGGUGUUGGUGUGCCGGCCCGCGGCGUCGCCUGCCUUCUCCUCCUCUCCCCUUGCGCGCGUCCGCCUCCUGCUCCUCUCGGCGUGGUGGUCGUCCUCGACGGCCGCGUGCUCCCGCAUGCCACCACUAUGGUGUGCGGGUGCCGCGUCCGCGGCGGGCGUCCGCUGUCGCUGAUGGGGGUGCCAUGUUGGCGGCGGCGUCGCGCGCAUGGGGCCGGGGGCGAUCGUUUCCAGGUGUCCGGCCCGGUGCAUGGCCCUCUCCCCAGUCGUCGUCGUCACUGCUGUGGCGGCUCGCGCUCUCGUCGGUCGCGAGUGUGUGUGUGUCCCCGCUUCCUUCCUUGUUGCUGGGGGGCCGCGCGCCCCGCAUAUUACUACCGUGUCAUUGUCAAAUGGAUGUGUUAUUUCACUUCAAAA